CAGCACACACCACCCAUGCCUCGUUUCCAAACCAAGAAGAAGAAACCGCACCACCCCCUUCCUUACCUAUACCACCACGUUUUCUGCUAUUUUUUAACCGUGUCCUCCUGGUUUCGGCUCUCCUCCAACUCGAAGAACCAAUAAUCGGCAAUAGAAUACCAAAGACUCCACUGGAUACCGACAUGCCGUUCUCCGUCCUCGUCUUCUCCUGCGAAGCAGAAGAUUUUGGCCGGUUUCCCAUUCCUAGAACCCACUAACGACAUCAACAUCAACAAGGUAGGCUACAGGCGAUCAAGGAUAAGAAGGAGAGCGGCGCAUGGAAGGAGGAGAACGAGGGAUGGGGGCCCGGCAGCGGUGGAGGAGGUUCAAAGACCGGCUGCGAUUCAAGGGUGUCGCCUGGUGCGGCAGCCCCUGGGCACGCUCCCGCGCCGCCCACAGCCGUUCCCGCUCCCCCUACGAUGCCUCCACCGCCUCAUCCCAAGAGGACGCCGCCUCCGCCGCCGCAGCGGAGAGAGGGGGGCCGAGGUACUGGCGGGAGGCGGCUGCGGCGGCGCGGUACCGGAGGGAGAGCGAUCAGGACUUCGGGUGCAUCCUGGACCAGGCGCCGGCGGGGGAUGCGGUGUCGGCGAUCGACGAGGAGGAGGAGGAUGAGAUGAACCUGGCGAUGGCGCUGGCGGCGGAGCGGCAGCUGAGGGCGGCGGAGAGGGACAUGACGAUGACGCCGUUCUCGGAGGGGUUGUCGCUGAUGAGGCUGAUGAAGGAAGGGGAGGAGGAGAAGAAGAGAGAGGAGGAGGAGGAGGAGGAGGAGGAAGGGAGGGAGUGGUGGGGGUGCUGCGUGUGUAUGGGGAGGCGGAAGGGGGCGGCGUUCAUCCCGUGCGGGCACACCUUCUGCAGGGUGUGCGCGCGGGAGCUGUGGAUCACCCGGGGAUCGUGCCCGCUUUGCAACCAGUUGAUCCUUGAGACGCUCGACAUCUACUGAUGGAUCGUUCCGUGCUUUAACUUUUGGCUACUAGCUUCGUGGUGCUGCCCGCUCUAUCCUGCGUACUUUUUUUUUUUUUUUGCAUUGAAGUCGAAGCUAUUAAUUUAUUUUUUUUAAAAAAAUCGAGACUAAUGGCAUAUCACCAUCAGUCACCAGUUGUAUUAAAGUCGAAGCUAUUUAUGAUUCAUCGAACGGUGCGAAG